AUAAAGCACCUCUGUCAAAGAGUCUUUUAUUAGUCCCAAGUGCCCUGUCGGUUCUAUUGACUCUACUCUUCCAACAUUAUCAGAAGUUCUUCACGUAUAACCUACAAGCUGUAAGAGAGGAUUUUCAGAUUUGGAGACUUGUAUUUGGAAGAACAGUAUGUCUUGAUCUGAAAGAUACAUUCUGCAGUAGCUUGCUCAUUUAUAACUUCAGGAUAUUUGAAAGAAGAUAUGGCAGCCGAAAAUUUUCAUCCUUUUUAUUGGGCUGCUGGAUGCUGUCAGCUUUGUUUGAUCUUCUCUUUGUAGAAGUUGUGCAAUAUGCAUUUGGCAUCACCAUCAGCAGUUUGCCUUCUGGAUUCUUGGGUCCUGUAUUUGCUCUGUUUGUACCAUUUUUUUGCUCCAUUCCAAGGAUGCAAGUGACACAAAUAUUAGGCCAGUUUCCCAUCACAAACAAGACAUUGGUCUAUAUACUGGGUUUACAGCUCGUAACCUCUGGUUCCUACAUCUGGAUUGUAGCCGUAAGUGGACUGAUUUCUGGGAUGUGCUACAGCAGUAGUGUGCUAAAAGUUCAUCAAGUGCUUUGUGUUCCAAGCUGGCUGGCAAAGAUAUUUUCUUGGACUCUUGAACCAAUAUUCUCAUCUGCAGAACCAUACAACGAGAUUCGAGUAGGAAUGGGAGCAACAGUGGACAUCCAGAGACGACAGAGAAUGGAAUUACUGGAUCGUCAAAUCAUGAUGUCUCAGUUUGCACAGAUGAGACGGCAAAGACAACAGCAGGGCAGGGUGAUUAACUGGAAUCAAAUCCUUCCUCCUUUACGUCGUAGACGUAAUGCAAAUUAUCAAGAUAAUGGCCAGUCUGAGCAAGAGGCACCUCCAACUGCUGAAGUUUCUGAGGAACAGGUUGCACGACUUAUGGAAAUGGGAUUUUCCAGGGUAGAUGCUUUGGAAGCUCUGAGAGCUUCAAAUAACGACCUUAAUGUAGCUACCAACUUCCUACUGCAGCACUGAUGAUUGCCUGUGAAGAAAAACUUCAGCAAGAGGAUCAAAGCCACCUCUGGAUAGACUCAUAAAGAGCAAAAGCCAAGGAGAAGAAAUGUCUACUAUACGCGAUGUUUCAAAGUAGUGUUAAUGGAUGGCACUGACUGUUCCUAAAUCCCCAAAUAAAGUGAUGGUUAAUGU